GUAGCAUGUUUUCCAUAAAUCUAUGAUUAUUUACAAUGGCUACUCCUGCAAAAAUUUCGAAAUUAGUUGAUGAAAUUGAUGCACCAAAAAAUUCCAAAACUACCAAAGAGUUUUCUAAUGUUGAGUUGAAAAAAUCUAACGCUGAUGAAAAAAAUGUAUCAAAAAAUUCUGUCGGAAAUCAAAAUCAGCAGAUAAAAAAUUUAGACAAAUUCAUAUUCGAAAAGGUUUUGAACAACAAUACACUUCGUAAAUCAAUUUGUUUGAAAGGGCACUUCGCUAAUAUUGAAGGUGACGCUAUUGUAAUUCUUACACAAUCGCCUUUUGAGGAGGUACUCUUCAGAGAAACACCAUAUUUCAGCAAGGGAAAUACAAAAAUUACUUUUGAAAAUGAUAGUUACGGAAAUUUAAAGUUUUUUCCUGUAUCAGAACUAAAUGGCCUAGAUGUAACUGUAAUUCAUCCAGCUACUGAGAAGCAUAUACAGAAAUAUUCCUCUCAUAUUUUAUAUAUGUUAGAUGAAACUCCAGAUAUAUAUAACAAAAUAGUUCUGCCCCUAUUGAAGAAUCAGUUUAGUUUACAGUGGAUUGACAACAUUUUAGAUCAUAAAGCAGAGACAGAAAGAAUUGUCUUCGAGGAUCCUGAUCCUGAAUCAGGAUUUGUAUUGUUGCCAGAUCUCAAGUGGGGUGGUCAGGUAGAUUCCUUGUAUUUGUUGGCAAUAUGCCACAAAAAAAAUAUUAAAUCACUCAGGGAUUUGAAUGCAGAUCAUUUACCAAUUCUGAAAAAUAUUUACUCGAAAGGAAUUAAAGCAAUAUCAGAAAAGUAUGGUCUUGAUCGAAGUCAACUAAGGAUAUACCUACAUUAUCAACCUUCUUUUUAUCAUUUACAUGUUCACUUCACAUACUUAAGACACGAGGCACCUGGUAUAUUGGUUGAAAGAGCUCAUUUAUUAAGUUCUGUUAUUAAUAAUAUUGAAUUGCUGCCAGAUUAUUACCAAAAAGCAACCUUAUCUUAUGUUGUGAGAGAAAAUGAUGCAUUAUUCGAAAAAUUAGAAGAGAAGGAUAUACUCAGGAAGAUUUCAGUGUCAGAAUAAUGGAGACUCCCAUUGAAGGUAUUAUUAUUGAACUUAGACCGAGACUACGUUCUGUGAAUUUCUUCAUCAAUCUGAAGAAAGAAGUUGACCCCCGAUCUUUUAAAAUUAAUCUAUUUCCCAAAAGGUUCGAAUUAGUGAGUGGUAAAAUAGUUAUUCCCGUGAACUGUCCAAGUAAUGAUGAAUUUUUAGAAAAUUCUUUAUCUUGUCUCACCUUUGGUGAGAGCUACAUUUAUUUUCGCUCUAAUUUGGGUACUGUUGACAAGAAAUUAGGAAGUGUUAAUGGUGAAUUCUUGAAAACAUUUUCUCAGUCAGCUGGCAUGAGAUCUCAGAUGAAUUUAUCUCCUGAACUCCAAUACAAAAUUCAAUGUGUCAAUUGCCAACAAAACUUCAAUGAACAAAUAAAAUUCAAUAGAAUAUUACCUUUACCAAGUAAUCAUAUAGAUCCCAGUGAAUGGUUUUGUCAUAAACAUGUAAAUGACAAAAAUCCUGUGAACAAUUUGAAUCCAAAACCAAAAGAUUUAUUUUAUUCUAGUUGUUAUUUUCAUAUAAAUGAGGAAAAUUUCAAAAAUGUAGUUGUUAAAUCAAGAAGCAUUGUAUGUAAAAGGUGUUUUUUUUGGAUAGGUCAUAAAACUGAAAAUUAUAUUAAAUCUUGGUUUCACAACAUUCAAUUUGUUAGUGAAAAUAAAAUUGAGCAUUCAUCUCCAACAAGAGAUGUGUUUCUUACAAUAUCUGAUAUUAUUGAGCAAAGUUUUUUAGGAUGUGGAAAAAUUUUAUUUGAACAAUAUUCUUCUAAAAGAAAUGAUUACUUGUUUCUAUGGGUUCUUGAAAAGAAUUUACAAAUCUUUUAUGGAGAUGGAUUCACGGACUUGAAACAACAUAGUGUUUAUAAAGUAUUGUAUAAAUUUGAAAAUGAUAUUGAUAUUGUUAAUCAAUGGAUGAAUGAUAAUAGUGUAUUUUGUGUUAAUGUUUCAAAACAAAUGAUGGUUGAUGCUUUGAAGAAUCUGAAUAAGUACCAUAAUUUACUUCCUGACAGCUUCAGUAAAUCCAAUGGAUUGUAUAUUUCCUACUUGUUAAUUCCAGAUGAAUAAAAAUAUUUACCACAUGAAAGUUAAGGCUUAACUUCUGACCUAUA